AUGUUGACAUCUAGAUCACUUCGUUCGUUCUCUACCUCAGCCACUGCCAUGAAGACCUUAAAGAUUGGUUUAAUCCCAGGUGAUGGUAUCGGUAGAGAAGUCAUUCCUGCCGGUAGAGCAGUGUUGGAAAACUUGCCAAAGAAGUUUGAUCUUGAUUUUGAAUUUGUUCAUCUUGACGCAGGUUUUGAAUUAUUUCAAAAGACUGGUACUGCUCUUCCAGAUGCCACUGUAGAGACUUUACAAAGCUCAUGUGACGGUGCUCUCUUUGGUGCUGUUUCAUCCCCAUCCACCAAGGUUGCUGGAUACUCUUCUCCAAUCGUCGCAUUGAGAAAGAAGAUGGGAUUGUACGCCAAUGUUCGUCCUGUUAAGUCUGUCGAUGGAGUUGGUAGACCAGUGGAUAUGGUUAUCGUUCGUGAAAACACCGAAGAUCUUUACAUCAAAGAAGAAAAGGCAUACACCAAAGAAGAUGGUACCAGAGUUGCUGAAGCCAUCAAGAGAAUUACUGAAACAGCCACCAGUAAUAUUGCCAAGAUGGCUUUCAAUAUUGCCUUACAAAGACAAAAGAUUAGAGAAACCAACCCUAACUUGAAGUCUAUUCACACUAGUCCUUCUGUUACUGUCACCCACAAGUCUAAUGUGUUAUCUGUAUCUGAUGGUUUAUUCCGUGAAGUUUGUAAGCAAGUUUACGAUGACAACGCUUCCAAAUACUCUAGUGUCGCAUACAAGGAACAAAUUGUGGACUCGAUGGUUUACAGAAUGUUCAGGGAACCAGAGAUCUUUGACGUUGUUGUUGCUCCAAAUCUUUACGGUGACAUCUUGAGUGACGGUGCUGCUGCCUUAGUUGGUUCUUUGGGUGUUGUACCAUCAGCUAACGUUGGUGACAACUUUGCCAUUGGUGAACCAUGUCACGGAUCCGCUCCAGAUAUCGAAGGUAAGGGUAUUUCUAACCCAAUUGCUACCAUCAGAUCUACCGCCUUAAUGUUGGAAUUCAUGGGUUACUCUGAGCCAGCCGCAGCUAUCUAUGAAGCUGUUGAUGCCAACUUGAGUGAAGACAAAAUCAAGACCCCAGAUUUAGGUGGUAGUUCUUCGACUACUGAAGUUGUCAAUGACAUCAUUAGAAGAUUCUAA